AUGGCCGCCGUAACGACAAACGGCGACGCCGCCGCCGUCCUCGACGAGAUCAAGCCCCCCGCGGGUGUCGUCCUGCCUCCCCGCGAGAUCCGCAACGUCCUCGAAAAGACUGCCGGCUACGUCGCGCGCAACGGCGCCGUCUUCGAAGAUCGCAUCCGCGACAAGGAGCGCUCGAAUCCCAAGUUCAGCUUUCUCAACCCCUCCGACGCCUACCACCCGUACUAUGAAUGGCGACUCGAUGAGGUCAAGAGUGGGCGCGGGACAGCGAUCGCUGCUGGUCGCGUCGGCGAGGCCGCGCCUCCGCCUCCCAAGCCCCAGGGCCCUCCCAAGCCGGCCGACUUUCAGUUCUCUGCGCGAAUGCCUCGUAUCAACCAGAAGGAUUUGGAUGUUAUCCGACUUACUGCUCUGUUUGUCGCCAAGAAUGGUCGCCAAUUCAUGACUCAGCUGGCUCAGCGCGAAGCCGGAAACCCUCAGUUCCAGUUCCUGAUUCCCAACCACACCUUUCACAACUUCUUCCAACACAUCAUCGACCAGUAUACUACACUGCUACGCGCAAGCGGUCUGAGUGGCGAAGGAGGAAAGGCCCAGGAGGAGCGCACCAAGGAACUCGAGGCCAACAUCCAGGAGAGGUUCCAUGUGUUGAAUCGCGCCAAGCAGCGAGCCGAGUAUGCUAAGUACCAGGAGGCUGAACGUCAGAAGAAGGAAGAAGAGGAGGAGAAGCAAAAGGCCGAGUUUGCGCAGAUCGACUGGGGUGACUUUGUCGUCGUCGAGACCAUCACGUUUAACGACGCGGAUGAUCAGGCCAACCUACCGCCUCCGACCAACCUUUCGGAGCUUCAGUACGCCUCCCUCGAGGACCGAAACAAAGCUUCCAUCAGCUCCAACCUCCGAAUCGAAGAAGCCAUGCCCGACGAAGAGACGAGCUACAAUGCCCACCCAGCCCAGCCCGCCCCAUCGUAUCCUCUACCUUCUCACCCCCAACAGCAACCUUACCAGCCCGUCCAUAUGCCUCCUCCCCCACAGCCCUAUGCCCCCAGUCCGCAACAACCGCAACGAUCCGCUCAAGAGGAGGAAGAGGAACGUCGGAUCCAGGAGCGUGCAGAGCAACAAGCCCGCAAGCAGCAGGCUCAUGCCGAGGCUCGUGGUGGUGCUCCUAUGAAGAUCAAGGAGAAUUAUGUGCCACGUGCGGCGCAGAAGGCAGCAAACAGACAGGGAACUCAGAUGGCUCUGUGCCCCAACUGCAAGCAGCACAUCCCGAUGAGCGAGCUCGAAGCUCAUAUGCGAAUCGAACUUCUCGAUCCCAGCUGGAAAGAGCAAAAGGCCAAGGCCGACUCGCGAUACGCGUCAUCCAACAUGUCCCACGUCGAUGUCGCCAACAACCUCAAGCGUCUGGCCAGCCAGCGCGAAGACGUUUUCGACCCGGUUACUGGCCAGUCCAUUUCGGAAGAUGAGCGUGCGCGGAGAAAGAAGGCGGCGAUUCACAGUUACGACGGAGCCAUGGAUGCUAAGAGUCAGGCGCAGCUUGGCCACAUGCACAACGUCAAUGUGGAGGAGCAGAUCCGUGCUAUUCACCAGAAGUUUGCCGACAAGAAGUAA